AAUGCUGAAGACUUUUUCUCAAAACGUAAAUGGAAUAGUCAUUUGAAUUGCAAAGUGGCUACCACACAGUAAAACGAGUUUAAUUACCCAGCAGUAAGGUCGCAAGGGAGUGUACCCUAGGCAAAAUAGCAGGUAUUACCGAGAGGGAUGGCUUCUGAGUUACGAUGCUAAGCUGAAGUUUUUGUUGCUGGAGUUUUUCAGAAGGAUUUUAUAUUCUCACUCUGAAUCGCUUAUAGUAUUUUGUAUUUGUUUAUCAAGCUUCGACCAGACGAUUGGAUAGCCGUAUUUGUGAUUGUUUGGAACGAAAGAAAUCCAAACAUUGGCUAAAGACAUCAAACUAUCAACAUGUCUUUUAGCGUGUCAAUAGGUGGUGGAGGUGGUGUUGGCCUUGGUGGUGGAGUUGGAUUAAAUCUUGGAGCUGAUGUUUCUACAGAUGCCAAAGUUGAUGCUGGAGCAGCUAUGGAUGCUGGAGCAGCUAUGGAAUCUGAAGUAAUAGGUGAUGCUGGAGCAGACAUCGAAGCUGAUCUUAGUGCUGGAAUAGGAUUAGCUACUGAUGUCAAUGUCGACAAAAAAGCUGAAGUCGAAAUUAAUGCUGGAGAACUUAAUCAUGAUAAUGCAGUGAGUGCUGGAGUAAAUACUAGUGUAUCAAAUGGAAUUAAAGGCAGUGCUGGUGUGGAGGCAUCUAAUGGAGCUGAUGUUAACACUGGAUUGAAUGCAGGCUCAACUGACGUGACGAUGGAAGGAGCUUUGCCGUCACCAAAAUUAAAUGGAGAACAUGAGGCAGAUCUUCCUACAGCACCAGUUUCAGCAGAAAUCAGUGCUGGUGCUGAGGUUGAAUCUGAACAUAAACACAAACAUAAGAAAGGAUUUGGAUUUGGUCUAUUUAAAUUUGGAUUUGGAAAAGACAAUGACUCCUCUUCAUCAUCGUCGUCAUCAUCCUCCUCCUCCUCCUCAGAUGAGGAGGAUGGAAGGAAAUUGGAAGGUGGUUUUGACGCCUCAGUAAAUGGAAAGAAAAGUGCAAAAAGGAAAAAGAAAAGAUCUGGUGGAUUUGGUGGACGAUUCAAGUUAGGAAAAUCUGAUUCAGAUGGAAAGCAUGGCCAAGCAGAAGCAGAUGUGAAAGUUGCAUCAACAGCAGAAGCAGGAGGAACUGCACAACUUCCAGAAGGUCAAGCAGAAUUAGAUAUCAAACCAGAAGUAAAGAAACCAAAACACAAAGGCAAGAAAAAGAAAGGUGGUUUUCGUUUUUCACUUGGAGGAAAGAAAAAGUUAGAGGAUUCAGCAUCAUCAUCUGACGAGGCUGAAAAUAAUAAGCAAAUUGGAAUCGGUGUUGACUUACCCAAAGUUUCACCUGAUGCUCCAGAUAUGGAUAUUUCACAUGAUGGCGAAGUGAAUGUAAGGACCGAGAAGCCUAGUGCUGGAAUUGGUGGAAAUUUUAAACUUGGCAUAGGAGGGGAUGGCAAAGGAAGUGCGGAUAUCGAUAGCACAAUUGGUGGUAGUAUUCCAUCCACAAACAUUGGCAUCGGGGUACCCAAAAUAGGUGAAGGAGCUGAUUUAACAACUGAAGGUGAUGAUAUUAAACUUCCAUCGAAUGAUUUGGAUAUCAAAGGACCAAAUGUUGGUGGAGAUGGAGGUAGCAUUGGAUUGGGUGCCAAUGUUCCAUCACCUGAUCUUGCCAUUAAGGGACCUAGUAUUGGAAUUGGAGGUGAUGCUAAUAUUGGCAUGGACAUAAGCGGCGAUGUUCCAUCAGCUGAUCUUGACAUCAAAGAACCUACUGGUGGAAUAAAAGGUGAUGCUGGUUUAAGUGGAAGCAUAGGAGGUGAUGUUCCAUCAACUAAUCUUGAAAUUAAAGGACCCAGUGGUGGUAUUGGAUUUGGCAGAGAUAUAAGUGGUGAUGUUCCAUCAGCUGAUCUUGACCUUAAACAACCUAGUGGUAAUUUCGAAGGUGGUGCUGGAUUUGGUGGAAACAUAGGUGAUGUUCCAUCAGCUGAUAUUGACAUUAAAGGGCCUAGUGGUGGAAUAGGAGGUGGUGUUGAAUUUGGGGGCGACACAGAAGGUAAAGUUCCAUCAACUGAUUUUAACAUUAAAGGACCUAGUGGUGAAAUAGGUGGUGGUGCCGAAAUUGGUGGGGACAUAAAAGGCAAUGUUCCGUCAGCUGAUAUUGAUUUCAAAGGACCUAGUGGUGGAAUAGGUGGUCUCAGUGGGAAUGUAGAAGGUGAUGUUCCAUCAGCUAUUAAAGGACCAAGUUUUGGAAUCGGAGGGGGUGCUGGAUUAAGUGGAAACAUAGAAAAGGACGUUCCUUCAGCUGAUCUUGACAUUAAAGGACCUAGUGCGGAAAUUGCAGGUGGUGCUGGCAUUGGUGAUGGAGGUGGAAAUCCUGGUAUACCCUCUACAGAUGCUUCAGUAAAUAUUGGUGGUCCCAGCAUUAAUAUUGGAGGAGUUGGUGGUGAAUUAGCAAAAGGUGGUGAUAUCGGAGGUGGUGUCGAAAUUGAAGGAGGCAUCAAUGCUAAUGUUCCCACGGCUUCUGGCGAUAUUGAUGUAAAGACCCCAAAAGGAAAGAAAUGGAAAAAACCUAAAAUGCCAUCUUUUAAGAAAGAAAAAAAACCAAAGGUUAAAGCAGGAGCUGAUGUUGAUAUCGACAUUACUGCAGAUGGAGAGGGACAUGGCAAACACAAACACAAGGGUGGAUUUGGACUGCAUCUUCCUAAAUUCCACUUUGGUGGAAAAGGUAGCUAUGACACAAAUGUAGAUGUAGAUGCUGAUGCUGAUGCUGGCAUAGAAAUGAAAGGUAUGAAGGACAUUGGUAGUCCCAAAGUAGAAAUUGAUGGUGGAGCUGAUCUUGUGGCACCUAAAUUAGAUGCUGAUGUUAAAGUUGCUAAACCAGACGUUGAUGCUGAUAUUAGUGGUGAAGUACCUGAAGGUGAUAUGCCAUUAUCUUUGGAAGGAGGUGGAGAUGUUGAUGUUAAGAACCCAAAUGCUAAUCUUGAUGUUUCAACAGAUGUGGACCUAGAUAUCAGUACCAAAGCAAAAACACCAAAGAAGAAAGGGACUUUAAGUUUGUCUUUUAGAAAAAAGAAAAACAAACCUGAUGGAUCGGGUACCCUUGACAGUGAUGUAGAAGCAAAAGGCAAAAUGCCUAAAAUCAAUAUUCCAUGUCUUUCACCUAGUGGUAAGGCCACAGUUGACACAGAUACUUCUGCAUAUGGUGCAAAGGCUGAUAUUGACCCACCUAAAGCUGAUACUGACAUAAACACAGGUAUUGAUGUAGGUGAUGCUAAGGCAAAAAAGAAGAAAACUGGAUCAUUCGGAAUCAAGAAACCAAAAUUUAAAAUGGGAGGAAAAGCUCCAGAAGGAAAUGUUGAUGCUAACGCUGGUGUCAACAUAGAAGGCGAUUUGGAUGCUAAUCUGCCAAAAUUAGAACUUGAGGGUGGUGAUGAAGUUAAUGUUCCAAAUAUAGAUUUGGACGUUGAAGGAGGAGCUGGUAUUGCUUCAGAUGUGAAGGCUGCUGAAGGCAAUUUGGAUGUAGGAGAUGUGAGUGUUCCUAAAGGUGACAUAGAUCUUGGAGGUGAUGCUGAUGUUGGCAUCUCAGGUGAUGUUGGUGGUGGUGUAAAAAUUCCUAGUGGAAAGAAACCAGAUGUUGAUGUCAAAGCUGGUGCUGAGGUAGAAAAGCCUAAAGGUGGAUUUGGAUUGAAAUUUCCAAAAGGCAAGGUCAAAAGCCCAAAAGCUGAUGCAGAUAUAGAUGGAGACGUUGAUGUUAAUGUUGAUGGUGAUUUAGACAUGAAAGGGAAAUCCAGUGAUGGCUUUCAUAUUAAAUUACCUAAAUUUGGCUUUGGUGGCAAAUCUCCGAAAGGCACUUUAAAAGCUGAUGUUAAUGCACCAAAUAUCGAUCCUGAAACCUCUGCAGAUAUUGAUGUUGGUGGAGAAGUAAAAGGUGAAUUAGAUGGACCAGGGGUUGAAGUAGACUCAACAAAUUUAAAAGUUGAUACAGACACUCCGAAGAUUGAUCUUGAUGCAUCUGGAGAAUUUGAUGGAGAUGCUGGUCACAAGAAAAAGAAAGGAUUUAGAUUUGGAUUUAAAUUUCCAAGCUUUAACUUUGGGUCACCAAAAAAGGCUGCAGAACUUGAUGUUGAUGUUAAUGAACCAAACGUUAAUGUCAAAGCAAGUGGUGGAGGAGAUAUUGAUGUCGUUGCUCCAGUGGUCGAUGCUGAUGUUAAUACUGAGAAACCUGAUUUGUCAAUUGGAGGUCCUUCAGCUGACCUAAAUGUAUCAGGACCAGAUCUUGACGCCAGUGGAGGUGUUGACAUACCAAAGGUAGAAAUAAAAAAUGAUAUGCCAGAUGCGGAUGUAAAUUUGAAAGGACCUAUGCUUGAGGGUGACAUUGGAGGCAGUGUUAAUAUAGAAGGUCCUUCAGCCAACAUCCCAGAAGCAGAUUUAAGUCUUAGUGGCCCUAAUGUGGGAGGUGCUCCCGAUGUUGAUCUAAAUCGUCCCGGAUUAGAUAUUGAUGCAGAUGUUAAUGCGAAAAAACCAAAAGUAAAAGGAGGAUUUGGAUUUGGCUUCGGCAGUAAAAAGGAUGAUGACAGUUCUUCUGAAUCAGGUGAUGAAAAAAAGAAAAAGAGAAGAUCAUUUGGAUUCAAGUUUCCUAAGUUCUCGGGAAAGUCUCCCAAAGGAGGAGUGAAAAGUGACUUUGACGGAGACUUAGGGGUUAAUGUUGAUGCUACAGGAAAGAAGCCAACUGGAGGUAUUGGAGUUGAUCUGGAUGUCUCAGGACCAGACCUUGGAGGAAGCACAGGGGUAGAUGCACCUAAAAUUGAUGGUGAACUUGAUGCUGGGGUUGUUGCACCUGCAGUGGAUAUAGAUACAAAAACAACAAAGCCAGCAAUUAGUAGUGACCUUGAUAUAAACUUUCCAAAAGGAGAUGCUGAAGUAACCAUCGCUGGUCCUAAAUUAGGCGGCGAUAUUGAUGUCCCAAAAGCUGACAUUGAUGCUAAAGUAAAAAAGCCAAAAGCCAAAGGAGGGUUUGGUUUUGGAUUUGGUGGGAAGAAAGAUCAUGAUGACAGUUCUUCAGAAUCUGGUGAUGAGAAGAAGAAAAAACGCAGGUCAUUUGGAUUCAAGUUUCCCAAGUUUUCUGGAAAGUCUCCUAAGGGAGGAAUUAAAGGUGAUAUUGAUGUGGAUGCUGGAGGAAAGAUGCCAUCAGGAGGAAUUGAUAUUGAUACUGGAGGGAAGUUACCAUCGGGAGAAAUUGAUAUUGAUGCAGAAGGGAAAUUACCAUCAGGAGGAAUUGAUAUUGAUGCAGGAGGGAAGUUGCCAUCAGGAGGAGUUGAUAUGGAUGCAGGUGGUGAAUUGCAAUUAGGAGGAAUUGAUAUUGAUGCAGGAGGGAAAUUGCCAUCAGGAGGAAUUGAUAUUGAUGCAGGAGGGAAGUUGCCUUCAGGAGGAAUUAAUGUAGGAGGAGAAUUGCCAUCUGGAGGAAUUGAAAUUGAUGCAGGAGGUAAAUUACCAUCAAGAGCAGUUGAUAUUGAUGCAGGAGGAAAAUUGCUAUCAGGAGGCCUAGAUAUUGAUGCAGGAGGUAGUCCACCAUCUGGAGGAAUUGAUAUUGAUGCAGGUGGGAAAAUGCCAUCAGGAGAUAUUGAUAUAGAUGGUGAUGUUGUUGCACCAACUGUUGAUGUUGAUGUAAAAACAGUAAAGCCAGAUAUAUCCAUUGGAGGUGGUGUUAGUGGUCCAAAAGGGGAAAUAAAUGCUGAGCUACCUGAUGUAGGAGCAAUUGCUGGUGGUGACAUCAAUGUUAGUGGUCCAGACUUGGAUAUCAAAGCUGGUGAAAAUGUCCCUGAUGUGGAUUUGGAUGCAGAUGUUAAACUGAAAAAACCAAAAUCCAAAGGAGGAUUUGGAUUUGGAUUUGGAUUUGGUGGAAAGAAAGAUCAUGAUGAUAGUUCCUCAGAAUCAGACGAUGAUAAGAAGAAAAAGCGAAGAUCAUUUGGUUUUAAAUUUCCACAUUUUUCUGGCAAGUCUCCAAAAGGAAAAGUCAAAGGUGGUGUAAAUGGAGAUAUUGAUGUUGAUGUUGGAGGAAAUAUGUCACCUGGUGAUGUUGAUGCUGGAGGAAAAAUUCCAUCAACGGACUUAAAUUUAUCUGGACCAGAUGUAAAAUUUGAAGGAGCUGGAAUUGAUGUUGCAGGUGACCUAGAUGGUGGCAAGGUUGCACCUGCAGUUGAUGUUGAUGUGAAAACAGAAAAGCCAGACAUAGAUAUUAAAGCUGGUGGAAAAGUUCCAGAUGCAGAUGUAGAUGCAGACGUUAAGCUGAAGCAACCCAAAGCCAAAGGAGGAUUUGGAUUUGGUGGUUUUAAACUUCCACAUUUUAAGUCUCCUAAAGGGAAAGUAAAAGGUGACCUAAAUGGAGACCUUGAUAUGGAUGCUGAUAUAGGAGAAAGGUUGCCAUCUGGUAAAGUUGAUAUUGAUGCUAGUUCCAAUCUUCCAUCAGCUGAUAUAGAUUUAUCUGUACCCGAUGUUAAAGUGGGGGGAGGGGCUGGAAUUGAUGUUGAAGGAAAACUACCAAAAGAUGAAAUUAAUGUUGGUGGAGACCUUGAUGCUAAUAUAAUUGCUCCAGCUGUUGAUAUUGAUGUUAAAACAACAAAGCCUGAUGUAUCCAUUGGAGGUGGCACUGACAUUGAUUUUCCAAAAGUAGGAGUAGAAGCAGGCUUUCCAGAUGAGCAGUUAAGCAGUGACCUUAACAUAACAAAGCCUGAUAUAUCCAUUGGUGGUGGCUCUGAUAUUGAUUUUCCCAAGGGAGGAGUAGAAGCAGGACUUCCAGAUACGCAGUUAAGCAGUGACCUUAACAUAACAAAGCCUGAUGUAUCCAUUGGAGGUGGUUCUGAUAUUGGUUUUCCCCAGGGAGGAGUAGAAGCUGAUCUUCCAGAUGUAAAGUUGAGCAGUGAUCUAGAUGUCAAAGCUGGUGGGAAAGCUCCUGAUGUAGAUUUGGAUGCAGAUGCUAAACUGAAGAAGCCCAAAGCUAAAGGAGGAUUUGGAUUUGGAUUUGGAUUCGGAUUUGGUGGAAAGAAAGACCAUGACGACAGUUCUUCGGAAUCGGGGGAUGAAAAGAAGAAAAAGGGGGGAUCAUUUGGAUUUAAAUUUCCCCAUUUUUCAGGCAAAUCUUCAAAAGGAAAAGUUAAAGGUGACCUAAAUGGAGACCUGGACGUUGAUGCGGACGUAGAAGGAAAGUUGCCUUCUGGUAACAUUGAUAUUAAUUCCGGUGCCAAUAUUCCAUCUCCUGAUUUGGAUUUAUCAGGAGGAGCUGGAAUUAAUGUUGAUGGAAAACUUCCAAAAGAAGAAAUUAAUAUUGGAGGAGAUAUAGAUGCUAGUGUAGAUGCACCUGAAGUUGAUGUUAAAACAGUAGAGCCUAAUGUACCCAUUGGAGGCGGCCUUAAUGUUGACGUUCCUAAAGGGGAAGUAAAAGCUGAUCUUCCAGACACAAAGAAACCUAAAGCUAAAGGAGGAUUUGGAUUCGGAUUUGGUGGAAAGAAACAUCAUGAUGACAGUUCUUCAGAUUCAGAAGACAAGAAAAAGGGAUCAUUUGGAUUUAAAUUCCCACAUUUUUCUGCUAAGUCUCCUAAAGGGAAAGCAGACAUUGAUAUUACUGCAGGAGAAAAGGUACCAUCGGGUGAUAUUAAUAUUGACACUGGAGCCAAGGGAGGUGUGAAGGCUGACAUCCCAGAUUCUAAAGUAAAUGUAGGUGGUGACAUCAGUGUUAGUGGCCCAGAUCAAGAUAUCAAAGUUGGUGGAAAAGUCCCAGAUGUCGAUUUGGAUGCAGAUGCUAAGAUGAAGAAGCCCAAAGCCAAAGGAGGAUUUGGAUUUAGUUUUGGAUUUGGUGGAAAGAAAGACCAUGAUGACAAUUCUUCAGAUUCUGAAGAUGAAAAGAAGAAAAAGGGAGGGUCAUUUGGAUUGAAAUUUCCUCAUUUUUCAGGCAAGUCUCCAAAAGGUAAAGUAAAAGGUGACCUUAAUGGAGACCUUGAUAUUGAUGCUAAUGUAGGCGGAAAGGUGCCAUCUAGUAAUGUUGAUAUUGAUGCUGGUGCCAAUCUACCAUCAGCUGAUUUAUCUGCUGGCAUUGAUGUUGAUGGACAACUACCAAAAGGAGCAAUUAAUCUUGGAGGAGACCUUGAUGCCGGGGUAAUUGCACCUGUAGUUGAUGUUGAUGUUAAAACAGCAAAACCUGAUAUUUCCAAUGGUGGAGGCCUUGAUGUUGGUGUUCCAGAGGGAGGAUUAAAAACUGAUUUACCUGAUGCAGAAGCAAAAUUGGGUGGUGACAUUUUAGUUGAUGGACAAGAUUUAGAUGUUACAAUUGGUGGAAACGUUUCUGAUUUGGAUGCUGAUGCUGAAAUAAAGAUGCCCAAAGUUAAAGGAGGAUUUGGAUUCGGUGGAAAGAAAGAUCUGGAUGCUACCAUGAAAGGAAAUGUUCCAUCUGGUGAUGUUGAUAUUGAUGUUGGAGCUAAGGGAGGUGUAAAAGGAGAUAUCCCUGAUUUCGGAAUUGACACGGGUGGCGAUGUCAAAGUUGGUGUCCCACAUGUAGAUAUCAAAGCAGGUGGAAAGGCUCCUGAUGUAGAUUUGGAUACAGAUACUAAAUUAAAGAAACCGAAAUCCAAAGGAGGAUUUGGAUUUGGAUUUGGAGGGAAAAAAGAUCAUGAUGACAGUUCCUCAGAAUCUGGUGAUGAAAAGAAAAAAAAGAGAAGAUCAUUUGGUUUUAAAUUUCCAAGUUUUUCUGGCAAAUCUCCAAAGGGAAAAGCUGGAGUUGACAUAAAUGCUGGAGGAAAGAUGCCAUCUGGUAAUGUAGACAUCGAUGCUGGUACAAAGGUUCCAUCUCCAUCUGCGGAUCUCGGUUUGUCUGAACCAGAUGUUAAAGUGGGGGGAGAAGCCGGGAUUGGCAUUGAGGGAAAAUUACCAGAUACCACAAUUAAUAUUGCAGAAGACCUAGAUGCUGUUGCCCAAGCUAUUGAUGCUGAUGUAAAAACAGAAAAUCCUGACAUAUCAAUUGGAGGUGGCCUUGAUGUUGAUGUUCCCAAAGGAGAAGCAAAAGCUGAUCUUCCAGAUGCAAUGUUAGGUGGUGAAAUUGGUAGUCCUGAUCUAGAUAUCAGUGCCAGUGGAAAAGGUCCAGAUGUAGAUUUGGAUACAAAUGUUAAAAUGAAGAAACCUAAAGCCAAAGGAGGGUUUGGAUUUGGAUUUGGCUUUGGAGGAAAGAAAGAUCAUGAUGGCAGUUCUUCAGAUUCUGAAGAUGAAAAGAAGAAAAAGAGGGGAUCAUUUGGAUUAAAAUUUCCUAAUUUUUCAGGCAAGUCUCCAAAAGGAAAAGUAAAAGGUGCCCUAAAUGGAGACCUUGAUAUUGAUGCUAAUGUAGGAGGAAAGGUGCCAUCUGGUAACAUUGAUAUUGAUGCUGGCGCAAAUCUCCCCUCAGCUGACAUAGACUUAUCUGGACCAGAUGCUGUUGUUGGGGGAGGAGCCGGAUUUGAUGUUGAUGGAAGUCUACCAAAAGGAGGUAUUAGAGGAGACCUAGAUGCCAGUGCAGUUGCACCUGUAGUUGAUGUUGAUGUUAAAACUGCAAAUCCUGAUGUAUCGAUUGGAGGAGGCAUUGAUGUCAACGUUCCCAAAGGAGGAGUAAACGCUGAUAUUCCAGGUGCUAACUUUGGUGGUGACAUAAAAAUUGGUGGUCCUAAUCUAGAUAUCAAAGCUGGUGAAAAUGUUCCUGAUGUAGAUUUGGAUGCAGCUACUAAAUUAAAAAAACCCAAAUCUAAAGGAGGAUUUGGAUUUGGAUUUGGUGGAAAGAAACAUGAUGUCGAUGCUGGUGGGAAGCUGCCAAAAGGAAAGUUGAAGGUAGAAGGAGAUGCAGAUGUUGUCAGCCCUAUUGUUGAUGUUGAUGUGAAAACAACAAAGCCAAGUUCACCUGCAGGUGAAAUUUCAGCAGGUCUCCCUGGUGUAGGAGUUAAACUUGAUGGUGAUGGUGAUUUUGAUGGCCCGAAAGUAAAAUUAGAAUCCAACAUUGAUGAGGCUGAUAUUGCAAAACCAAAAAAACCAAAAGCUAAGGGAAGUUUCAAAUUUGGUUUUGGUGGUGGAAAGAAACACAAUGAAUCAACAACAUCAUCAAGUGAAGAUGAAGGAGAUCAUGGAAAAGCAAAGGGAGGAUUUGGUUUCAAGCUUCCUAAGAUUGGCGGUUCAGUCAAGUCACCAAAAGGAGGUGCUACUUCUGAUGUGAAAUUACCUGAUGCAGAUGUCAAUGCGGAUGCUUCAGUCAAAGCAGAUCUUCCUAAGAAAAAGUCAAAAAAGAAAGGAUUUGGAUUUUCAUUUGGAGGGGGUAAAAAAGGACAUCACAGUACUACAGAAUCAGACACUGAUGAGGAUAAGGGGAAGCUAUCCCUAGGAUUUGGAGUUAAGAAACCCACAGUAGAUGUAUCUCCUGUUGACAAGCCAAAAGCUGACCAUCCAAAGAUUGAUCUGGCAGGAAAAUUGGCUCCUAAAGCUGAAUUUAACUCAUCAGGUGAUAUUUCAGGUGACAUUGAUAUUUCUGCUAGUGGUGUUGGAUCACCAGCUACUACAAUUGUCACAGCACCAGCUCUUGAUGUUGAUAUUGUUAAACCAAAUGUUGAUGUAGAUAUAAAGUCAUCAAAGCCAAAAGCAGAAAUUGAUCUAAAUAAGCCUGCACUGAAUGUUGGCUUUGGAGGUAAUAUAGAAGUACCUGAAGCUGAUGCUGAAAUCCCAGAUAUAGAAAUGGAUACUGCUGCAGUUGUACCCAAUGUUGAUGUUGAUGUUAAGACCUCAAAACCUGGAUUUGGCAUUGGAGGUUUUGGUGUAAGCACACCAAAAGCUGAUCUUGAUUUAGAAGUGGAAAAGCCAUCAAUUGAAAGUGGUGAAAUUGGAGGUGGAGCUGAUGUUGACAAACCAUCCUUUGAAGGUGGAAUAGGAACUGAUGUUAAUGCACCAUCCUUUGGAGGAGGAUUCGGAGGUGGACUUAAUGUUGAAAAACCAUCACUUGGAGGUGACAUUGGAGGCAGAGUUAAUGUUGACACACCAUCAUUUGGAGAAGCAAUCAAAGGUGGAAUAGAUAUUGAAAAACCAUCAGUUGGAGGUGGAAUUGGAGGUGAAAUUGAUGUUGGCACACCAUCUCUUGAAGGAGGAAUUGGAAGUGGAGUUGAUGUUUCAACACCAUCAUUUGGAGCAGAAAUUGGAGAUGGAAUUGAUAUUGAAAAACCAUCAUUUGAAGGUGAAAUAGGAGGUGGAAGUGGUGUUGAAAUUGAUACAUCCUCAUUUGGAGCAGGAAUCGGAGGUGGAGUUAAUAUUGAAAAACCAUCACUUACAGGUGAAAUCGGAAGUAGCGUUGAUGUUGACAUGCCAUCUCUUGAUGGAGGAAUUGGAGGUACAGCAUCUACUGGUGCACCUGAUAUCAACUUUGGAGGUGGUUUGAAUGUUGGAAAUCUAGGUUUCAGUCUUGGAGGUGGUGCAAGUAUUGGCAAACCCAAUUUUAAUAUUGGUAAACCAAAUAUCAACUUUGGGAGAGAUCCUGAAACAACUGAUUUUAAUUUAGAUGGAGGUGCAAAUAUUGACAAAUCGGGUGAAGGUGUUCAAACACCAGGUAUCAGUUUUGAUGGCAGUGCAAGUAUUGAUAAACCAAGUUUAGACGUCAGCAAACCUGAUUUCAGUUUUUGUGGUGGAGCAAGUAUCGGCAAACCCAGUCAAGAGGUCAGCAAGCCUGAUCUUAGUCUUGGGGGUGGUGCAAGUAUUGACAAACCAAGUUUAGAUGUUGACACACCUGAUCUAAGUUUUGGUGGUGGUGCAAGUAUUACCAAACCCAGUCUAGAUGUCAGUAAACCUGAUCUAAGUUUUGGUGGUGGUGCAAGUAUUGACAAACCCAAUCUAAAUGUUGACACACCUGAUCCGAGUUUUGGUGGUGGUGCAAGCAUUGACAAACCCAGUCUAGAUGUCAGCAAACCUGAUCUCAGUUUUGGUGGUAAUGCAAGUAUUCACAAACCCAAUAUAGAUGUUGGCACCCCUGAUGGUGCAACUAUUGACAUACCAAGUUUAGAUGUUGGCGCACCAGAUUUUGGUUUUAGUAGUAGUGCAAGUAUUAACAAACCCAGUCUAGAUGUCGGCAAACCAGAUCUUAGUUUUGGUGGUGGUGCAAGUAUUGACAAACCAAAUUUAGAUGUUGGCACACCAGAUCUUGAUUUUGGUGGUGGUGCCAAUAUUGACAAACCAAGUCUAGAGGUCAGCAAACCUGAUCUGAGUUUUGGUGGUGAUGCAAGAAUUGACAAAUCCAGUAUAGAUGUUGACACACCUGAUCUAAGUUUUGGUGGCGGUGCAAGUAUUGAAAAACCAAGUAUAGAAGUUGGUACACCAGAUCUUGGUUUUGGUGGUGGUCCAAGUAUUGACAAACCAAGUCUAGAUAAUGGCACAUCUGAUCUAAGUUUUGGCAGUGGUGGAAGUAUUGACAAACCAAGUUUAGAUGUUGGCACACCUGAUCUCAGUUUUGAUGGUGUUGCAAGUAUUGACAAACCUAAUCUAGAUGUUGGCACACCUGAUCUCAGUUUUGGUGGUGGUGCAACUAUUGACAAACCCAGUCUUGAUGUCAGCAUACCUGAUCCAAGUGCUGGUGGCAGUGCAGGCAUUAACAAACCAAGUUUAGAAGGUGGCGCACUAGAUCUUGGUUUUGGUGGUCGUGCAAGUAUUGACAAACCCAGCCUAGAUGUCGGCAAACCUGAUCUCAGUUUUGGUGGUGGUACAAGUACUGACAAACCUAGUUUAGAUGUCAACAAACCUGAUCUUAGUUUUGGUGUUGAUACAAGUAUUGAUAAACCAUGUUUAGAUGUUGACAUACCUGAUCUCAGUUUUGGUGGUGGUGCAAGUAUUACCAAACCCAGUCUAGAUGUUGGCACACCAGGUAUUAGUUUUGGUGGUGGCACAAGUGUUGCCAAACCUAGUCUAGAUGUCAGCAAACCUGAUCUUAGUUUUGGUGUUGAUACAAGUAUUGAUAAACCAAGUUUAGAUGUUGACAUACCUGAUCUCAGUUUUGGUGAUAGUGCAAGAUUUGCCACACCCAGUUUAGAUGUCAGUAAACCUGACCUCAGUCUUAGUAGUGAUGCAAGUAUUGACAAACCAACUGCAGAAGUUGGCACUCCAGAUGUUAGUAGUGGUGGCUGCACACAUAUGGAAAAACCAAGUGUAGAUCUUGGUGGUGGUGGUGGUGGUGGAAGCAUUGACAAAUCUAACAUAGAUUUUAGCAUACCCUCUCUCAGUGUUGGUGGUGAUGCAAUUAUUGACAAACCAAGUGAAGAUGUUGGCACACCUGCUGCACCUGCUAUCAGCCUCGGUGGUGGUGGUGGCUUACACUUUCAAUUGUCCGCAGGUGCUCCAGAUAUUUCAAUGGGUUCCAGUGUUGAUGGAGAUAUGGAUGGAAGUGGAAAAGUCUCGGUAGAAGUUCCAUCUGUCCCUGAUGUUUCAGGUGGCGGGGGAAUACCUUUUGGUCUUGGAGGCAGUGAUGACGUUGAGGGAGGAGCAGAUGUUGAAGUUCCAUCUGCCCCUGAUGUUUCUAGUGGUGGAGCAAUUGCUUUUAGUCUUGGAGGCAGUGCUAAUGUUGAGGAAGGAGCAGAUAUUGAAGUUCCAUCUGUCCCUGAUGUUUCAAGUGGUGGAGGAAUAGCUUUUAGUCUUGGAGGUGGUGCUAAGGUUGAGGGAGGAGCAGAUGUUGAAGUAAAGAAAGAAAAGAAAAAGCGAAAAAAGAAAAAGAAGCGAGGACUUAUCAGUCGUUUAACAGGAGGCUCAUCUAGCUCGUCAUCCUCAUCCUCUUCAUCCUCCUCAUCUUCCAGUUCAUCAGAAUCUGACAAUGAAAAGAAAUAAAAACUGAAGUAAAUAAUUUGAGAGUACAAUAUUGAAGAAUUGACAUGUCAAUUUUGUCUACCUCACGACAUGAACAUAAGACUUGGUUGCGUGCCUUGUUCAUAAUUUGCAUGGGAAUGUCAUGCUCAAUUUUUAAGGAACCUUACUGAAAGAUAGCACGGAAAUGCAAGCUGAAGUGUUUCAUUUAGAUUUUAGAAACAACUACUUGAUCAGUUGUUUGGAAAUACGAAAAAGGCAAAUUUUUGUCUUCAGCAUAUAACAUUAUUAUUUGAACCUGUAUAUUAACAGUGAGCAAAGGAAGCGAUUUGAUAAGCGUAUGUAGAAAUGAACAAUAGCUCCAGUUGAUGUUUUCUACAAAGUGUGGAACUGUGUCAUAACAUAUUCUUCACCACAGCUCCAGCAAUGUGGUGGUAAAUUUGUGAGAAACUUGAUACUUGAAAGUUUAAGAGAAGGAUUGUUUCAUUAGGAUUCAAUAUAAGACAUCUACUCCAGCAAAUAUACAUGUCUUAUUUUGAACUUUAAAUGGAAAUUAUUAUUGCAAGCUGUGGAUUUGUUUUUGGAGAUCACCGGAUCAUAUUCAUAGGAUUUGAAAGCAUGUAAAAUUAUGGAAGUGCUAUUGUUGUGAAUUAUUGCUCCACUUCAACAAUAUGGACACACAAAGAAAACUAAAGAUUGGUAACAUCUAUAUUUAGUCUCCAGCUAAUGAACAUUUUUGGUUUUCUGUUUUCCAUAAUUUGCAUUUUGAAAAGAGGUAUGGAAAAGAACUUUAAAAAAAAGCUCAAAACUGCAAUAAUACAAUUGCUUUUUUAUUUUUUAUUAUUUACAAUGACAUGUUUUCAUGUUUCAAUAAGUUUUCAAAUUAUUGUUUAGGAUAUCAUUUUGAAACUUCACAAUUUUCCUUCAGUUGCAAUUGGAGGAUACAAAUAUUAGCCAGAAUAAAGAUAACAAAAUAAUAAAGGAGGGGAAUAUCAUACUGAAAAUUAAUAAGUCACCAAUAAAACAGAUAAAAAUUUUUGCAAAUCUUUUUGACCAUGUUGGCAGUUUUAGCCUAUUUGGUUAUAAAUAUGUAAAUAUUAUUGCCUAUAUUCACUUACAAUUGGUGUCUUUUCAUUUUCUUUUCUAUUUGGUAUCAAUAACAUAAAUCAUUGAUUCCAUUAUAAUAAAAGAAUUCAAGAAAUGAAGAGGAACUGGUAACCCAUAAUUUAUAAUACAAACAAGUUACUGGGUAUGUUGUAUUAAAUGCAAUUAUUUGAAUAGCUAGCUAGCAUGCCAUUAUUUAUGUAUAACCCCCAAUAAUUUAUUCCAACUUUUAAUAUUUAUAUAUAUCAAAUUUCAAUAUCAACUUUUAAUAGCUACAGUAUUCAGUUAUUUAGAUCAGUUCAUUUGAAUAUCGAUAUAUAUUGAUCACAUAUGUAAACAUACAUUUUAAUUGCUAAUAAAGUCCAGUAUGUGAGGUACAGUUAUCCUGUGUAUUUGAAAUGUGAAACUUAAAUGCAAAACUUCAUUUCACGAUGCCAACUAAGUAUGAACAUUUUGCUUGAUUAUGUUCUUGAUAAUUCUGUAGUAUUACUGACUAACUGUUUGGUGUUUACCAUUACAACUUUAGGAGAAAUUAUAAAUGUAACCCAACGAUCAUGGCUAUAAAUAUGUUUCUGGUAAUAAGGAAAUCCCAAAAAAUAAGAAUAAUAAUAAGGUAACACAGUGUAUUCUAAAGACUUAAAAUUUCUUUGUUAAACUGAUACGACCGGGAACCAGCAUGUAAAGAUUAAUAAGAUGCAGAAAACAUCAAUGCACUGAUGUUUUUUAUAGAAUUUAGUUAUACUUCCUAGAAAGUGAUAACAAAAGUGAUAACUUCUCAGGUUCUCUCAAUCUGUCCAGCAAAAUCCUAUCACCAUAGUAAAACAACAUUAAUGUAGAGGUAAAAAAGUAAAUAGCAUAUUUCUUCACAAAAAUGUGUUUCUGGAUUUAACUUGUGCAUUUCAUGUGAUGUAAUAGCAUUUCAGCUUUCAUUUGAAAAACAUAUUUUUGUAUUUGGCAAGUUUUAAUGUUCAAGUUAUGCUAGACAAAUAGAAAUAGAUAUUUCGUAAGCAAACAGUAUAUUUUUGUGGAAGUGGGGGAAUCUAACAUUUGUACUUUUUAACAAUAGAAUAUUCUUAUCUCUGUUCUGCUAUACAUUGUACAUGGUACUUCAGUUAAUAAAUUUUGUAAUCCAAACUUGAA